AAUAGGUUGCGUGAUUGAUAACUCGAACAUGCACACUUCCAAAAUAUUUUGUAGAUUUUUCUUUAAUCUAAAGCCGUUUCGAUCGUGUCGAAGGUCAGUCCAUAGGCUUUAUGUACCCAAAUGUGAAAGGACUGAUCAAGAACUUGAAGAAGUUGUAAGGAAAAUCGACCAUCAUAUUGAGAGCAGUCGACGCCUUUUCGUAAUAACCGGAGCGGGUAUUUCUACGGAAUCUGGGAUCAGGGAUUAUCGUUCCGAAGAUGUUGGUUUGUAUGCAAUCAGCGAGAGCCGACCCAUUCAGUAUGCCGACUUUCUACACAGCGCCGCAAAUAGAAAGAGGUACUGGGCAAGGAACUAUGUUGGCUGGGAUGAGUUUUCAACAAGAGAGCCGAAUAGAGGCCAUUUUGCCCUGGCAGAGCUAGAGAAAAUAGGCAAAAUACAUUGGCUGGUGACGCAAAAUGUCGACGCUCUGCACACCAAAGCUGGUUCUCAAAGAAUCUCAGAGCUUCAUGGUUGUGCACACAGGGUUGUUUGCCUUGGGUGUAAAGAGCUGACUUUGAGGGACGAUCUCCAACAAAGAAUGAAAGAACUUAAUCCCUUUUGGGAGGCUACUGCAAGUGGGCAUGCACCUGAUGGAGACACCUUUCUCUCAGAUGAUGAAGUCAAGGGUUUUGCUGUUCCCACUUGUGUUAACUGUGGUGGCAUACUUAAGCCUCAUGUUGUAUUUUUUGGUGACUCAGUACCUAAACCAAUGGUGUCAUUUAUUCAAGAGCGAUUACAGGAAUCUGAUUCAGUUUUAAUCAUAGGAUCUUCAGUUGAAGUGUAUUCAUCAUAUCGCUUUGCUGAUGCUGCCUGGCGGCAAAGUAAGCCUAUAGUGAUUUUGAAUAUUGGUGCAACAAGGGCUGAUAGGAUAGCCUCAGUCAAAUUGUCAGCCAUUGCUGGAGAUGUUUUACCAAGACUUAAAAUACUGUCCCAUGUUUUUACUCUCAACUGUACCUGAGAAUUCAUAGACCUGAUAAUAUUUUCUCUCUAAAAUGUAGCCUGCGUUGUAGAUGUUUGGAAUGAUCAUGAGCAAGAUCCAUGUGCACACUGAUCCUACUCAUUUGCUGGGUUAACCCUUAAACUCCCAGAAGUGAUUGACACAUAACUUCUCCCUAUAAUAUCCAGCCAUUAUCCAGCACAGGAACUGAGAAUAUU